UCUGGACUUUUUGUGAACAGUUGUAGCAUACCUUCAAGAUGCAGUCCACCGGGUCUUCCAAGAAUACCAAACAAAUGCACCUCAACUUCUUUGAAAUGGCAUGUAAUGCAAGCCAUAUGUGUACAGGUCAAUGGAAAGAUCCCGCAGACAACACCCAGGGAAAAUCGCAGAUUGACCACUAUCUCUGGCUAGCAAAGUUGGCAGAAAAGGGUAAGAUUACUGCCAUAUUCUUCGCAGAUGUCUAUGGCAUUUUCGAGACAUAUCAAGGCAAGCCUGAUGCCAUCUUUGCGGGAGGAACGACGUGCGCAUAUCUCGAUCCCGUGCCUCUCAUUCCUGCAAUGGCUGCUGUUACAAAAUCUGUCUGUUUCGGAGUUACUGGGAGCACAAGCUAUAUUGCGCCUUUUAUCCUGGCGCGAACGUGGUCGACUCUUGAUCAUGUAACUAAGGGUAGAGUCGCAUGGAACGUGGUGACGAGCUACCAUACAGCUGCUGCGCAAGCCAUGAGCCUGAACAACGUGGAAUCUUCAGCAGAGCGCUAUGAGGCAGCACACGAGUACAUGGAUCUGGUCUACCAGCUUUGGGAGCAAUCGUGGGAAGAUGGAGCCGUCAAAUUCCAAGUCGACCCCGAAGUGGCUUAUGACGCUAGCAAAAUCCACAAAAUCCAUUUCGACGGGACAUACCAUCGCUGUCAUGCAUAUGCUCAAACACAUCCUUCCCCACAACGCACCCCGGUUAUUUUCCAAGCCGGAGCAUCCAAAAGCGGGAUCGACUUCGCUGGCAAGCAUGCUGAGGCAAUCUAUACAGAUUUCAGCACCAUUGCGUCUCUAUCAGAGUAUGUCCGGGACGUGAGGCAAGCAGCAAUUAGACACGGUCGAGAUCCACGCUCUGUCAAAAUUUUCAUGGCCAUUGCGCCAAUACUAGGCAAGACACAGGAAGAAGCGCAGGCAAAACACGACAAAGCGAAAUCACUGGCUAGCAUUCAAGCAGGGAUGGCAAAAUUCUCCGGAUACACGAACGUUGAUCUAUCAAAAUAUCCGUUGAAGGAACCGUUUGAUACCGAGUUAAAACAUGCUGACAACCUGGUCGCGGGCGUGAUCAAAAACUACAGUUUGAAGCAAAAAGAGGCAACGGAGCCUUUCACACCAGAGUAUAUAGGGAAAAUGGCGGGGUUUGGAUCGACGCCGAAACCGACAGGUACUGCUGAGACAGUGGCGGAUAUUUUGGAGGAUUGGUUUCACAAGACUGACAUUGAUGGUUUCAAUCUUGUGUAUAUCUUAAAUCCAAUGAGUUAUGAAGAUAUUGUCGAGUAUCUGGUUCCUGAGUUGCAAAAGCGGAAACUCAUGUGGGACGAUUAUCCUGCGAAGACUUUUAGAGAGAAUUUGCAUAACGUUCCUGGCUAUCCUGGAUUGGCGGACGAUCAUCCUGGUUCCAGAUUCAAAUGGAACGCUCCAAAUGGAACGCUCCAAAUGGACCCCUGAAAGGAGCACAGAUAACGGUCAAUCUUAACGAGUAGCAGAUUGAAAGCUGAAAGAUUUUGAAUAUGCGUCAAACAG